CAGGGACUCGUGCGUGACGUCACGUAAAAACAAGGAGGCUGCUUGUUUUGGUCGGUUUUGCCAGGUUUGCUUCUGAUCUGAGAUCUGAGCCAUAAAAUUGAUAAAAAUUAUCUAAAGGGCCGCAGUUGGGAGAUUGGAAAAUUAUUCUCUGAAAAUAAUACACCCGCGUUGAAUACACCAACCAUCAGUUGAGGUGUGUGAUAAUUUAAGAUUGCUUUCUUAUCUUUUGACGAAGACUUGACGACAAGAGGGUCACAUACGCUUAAACCAAAAAUGGUUAAAAGUGAUGGAAGAAGCAAUCAUGGAGCUUGAGCCACUACUGGAGAGUGCUAUAGUGAAAAGGUCGGAGGUGAAAAACUUGAGGCCGUUGAAGGAAUUGACUUCAAUAAAUGUUGCAAGCAGCUAUGAAUGUGCACAACCCACUCUUGCACUAAUUCAAUACCUCUCGCCUCCGUUGCAAAAAGAAAUCUCGAGUCGCAUGGCGGCCUCCAAUGAAAAUCGGCUGACCCCUGCCAAAGCUGCCUGGGUAUUUGAAUUGGCGAGCCGUCUCUUGAAUACCACCACAAAGGAGUUUGACUUUGGCAUCUUCGGUGGUCAAUUCCAGCAUUGUGCAGACUAUGAGCGUGCCCAAAAAGUGUGGCACAUGCUGGCUGAGAAGUGCCCAAACUUGGAGCAAAUCAACGACAAGCGCUACCAUGAAACGGACUCCUCGAACCCAAAGAAGAAAAACUUGCACAUUAAAAAUGUGAUGCCUUUCCUACAGAAAUUUGGGAAACUGAAGCACAUUGUCCUGAAAUAUUAUAUUUGUGACUCAGAAGACUUGGUGCAGCUUGCUCAUCAUUUUCCAAAGCUGCUAACUUUGUCAGUCACUUUUGAGUUGGUCUGCUUUGACACUCUGAAAAAAUUGUUCCUUCUCCAGGACCUGGAACGAUUGGAAAUCAAUUGGGACAAAGACGAAUUUUUCAAUAUUGACGACGCGGCUGUGCUUGGAGAGCAGACCCACUACUUCAAUCACUUUAAAACCGAAUGCAUCGAACAGCUGCCGUGCUUGCAGUACUGCUCAGGAGGUGGAGAGUACCACAACUUUCGUCCUUACCGAGGCAAAAGAAAACUCGCCCUUAAAGAAAUGGAAGUUUUAGGUGGCUUCGAUUUGCAACUUGUACCCUUUUUAGAAGACCUUCACUUAAAAGGACCUCUCAAAACGCAUCUGAAUGGAAUUGGAGGACUUUCAGACCUGACAGUUUUGAGUUUGAGUGAUGUUAAAGAAUCUGAUGUGUCUGAUCUUCUUACCCAAUGUGGUGCAAAGCUUCAUGAACUGAAAAUAUACAUCUGGGAUUCUGAAGCAGGUAUAAACCCUUACGAGUUAAUUGUCAAGUGCCCGCAGCUGCAUAAACUUGACGUUAGCUCUGAUUUAUAUGACGGAGAGGAAAAUAUAUUCAAACCUCAAGUGAAUGCCAACCAUUUAAAAUACCUGAAGGACUUUUCGCUCUCACGCAUUGGAAACAAAUUCCCACCAGAUUUAACUGCACUUGUGUUGGCAGCGCCAGACUUAGAGAAAUUUUCCAAUUGGAAUUUUUCCCAUGAACACCUGGUCCAUUUAACUGAGCAGCUUGUUGACGGACGCAUUUUGCAAAAUCUUAAGUCCUUUACGUUUAAUUGUAUCAAUCAAGAACCUAGCUUUUGCACUGAGUUGAUUAAAUUCCUCUGCUUCCUUCCAGUUUAUGCCCCGAGACUUGCAUUGAUGACGUGUGAAAUUGCAAGUACGGAAUUUGAUAAGCAAGUCAAAAAAUCUUAUCUUUGUAACGGUUUUGACCAAAUUGAUGGUUUCAAAUUCAUUUUGGGACAUUUAGGGAUCUUUUAACUAUUCACGUUGAAUGCUUAGAAAGAACAAUAAUGGUAUAUGAUUAAAAAAUAUAAUUUCCUCUUAUGUGAUUCAAAUAAUUGAUUUUUUACUGAAAUAUCGCAAAUGUGAUGAAAAAGAUUAAAUAAAAAUUACUGUCUUUUAGCCUGUAAAUAUCUAUUAAUUGCUUGGGCUUAUUUUAUGAUUUAUAAUCUUCAAUAUGAAAAGAAUUCGAUUAUCACAAUAGUUUUCUAAAAGUCUUGAUUUUUGUAUAAUAUUAUGUGUUUUAAAUAAAACUCAAAUUUUGAUCCGGA